AUGCUGGAAGAUGAAAUGACAUCUGUUGUAACGCAACGGGAAAUUGACGUGAAUGAAAUAGUGGGAGAAAAUGAUAAUGAUAAGUUACCAAAUAUAUUUCUAGAUGAUCCAGAUAGAUUUGCAGAAGGUGGUAGAGAAGCAUAUACCGUAUUAUUAGGCUCAUUUCUAGGUUUGACGGGUGUAUUGGCAUUUGUGAAUUCAGCUGGAGUGGUGGAAAAUUAUAUCCAAGAUGUAUUAUUGCCAGAUGUUCAAACUUCAACUAUAGGAUGGAUAUUCUCCUUAUUUAAUUUCCUAGGUUUUGGUUUAACGAUUAUCCUGGGACCUGUGUUUGAUAAAAUAGGUUGUAAGAUCCCCAUCGCUAUAGGGACAGUAUUAUUGACUUUAGGACUUAUUUUCGCCUCACUUUCAACUGAGAUAUAUCAAUUAAUCUUGAGUUAUGGUAUAUUGGGUGGACUUGGGAUUUCAUUGACGUUUGGGCCAUUCGUUGGAGUUUUAAGUCAUUAUUUCUUAAGAAGAAGAGCUAUGGCUAUAGGUUGUGCAUAUAUUGGAGGAGCUAUUGGAGGGGUCGUAUUCCCUGUUAUGUUUAGAGCUUUAUUCCCUAAACUUGGAUGGGGAUGGACAGUCAGAAUUGGAGCAUUUAUAUGUUUUACAUUAUUAACAGCAGGUUGGUUGUUGGUUAGAGAUAGACAUUUAGAGUUCAGAGAUGAAACUAAUACUGAUACGAUCAGCAAACAAAUUUUAAAAUCAAUUGAUUUUAGAAUAUUUAAAAAUAAAGUUUAUACAAGUUUAGUACUUGCAUUAUUAGGUAAUGGGUUUGCAUUUUUAAUUACCAUGACUUAUUUACCAUCUUACGCAUCUGCAUUUGGUUAUUCUGCUUCAGAUUCAUAUUUAUUACUAGUAGUAUUUAAUUCAUUAUCUAUACCAGGAAGAGUUAUACCGUCUUAUAUUGCUGAUAAAUAUGGUCGAUUCAAUGCUGUUUGUAUCACAUCAACUAUUUCAACAUUAGCAUUUUUCUUGAUUUGGGUUAAUCGAAAAUCAGGACAUACCCUAGGAGGUUUAUUUACAUUUGCUGGUAUAUUUGGAUUUAGUUCAGGUUCAAUCUUAUCCUUAACUCCAGCUACUAUAGGGCAGAUUUUCAAAGUUGAAAAAAUCGGAGCUGGGAUUGGUACGGCCUUUUUUGUGUUAUCAUUUGGUGAUUUGAUUGGUAUACCGAUUGGUGGAGCCAUCACUAAUCCAAAGACAAAAGAAUCAUUUGAUAAUUUGGUUAUCUUUGUAUCCUUAUGUUCAUUAUGUGGUACAAUUGGAAGUUAUACAGCUCGAUAUUUAUAUGCUGGAUUCAGACUCGCAAGAGUUUAG